ACACGACCGGUGCUCGCAGCGUGGUAGGUUCGCAUCGUGACCGUACCGUGCCCGCCGCCACCUACCCAACACACGGCCACCAUGUACAAGCCUGAGGUCCUACUGCUGUGCUGUCUGCCAGUCUGCUUGCUGCUGGCCGGCCAGGCCGACGCCAACAUCAGCUCCUGCGUCCGCAACUGCGGCCAGUGCAAGAACAUGUACGGCCGCUUCUUCCAGGGCACGGCCUGCGCAGAGGCGUGCCUGGCCGGCAACGACGGGCCCGACUGCUACAACCCCUCCACGGUGUCGCGCUUCCUCAAGCGACGCUCGGUGCCGGCCGCGCCCGACGCGACGCUCGGCGGCGGCUACGAGUACUACAGCGUCGACGGCCAGCCGGAGCCGGCGCCUCCGGCGGGCGGUCUGAUCCGCCUCCUCUCCGCGCGCGCCUCGGAGGCAAGGAAGUAAUCCCCGCCCCCGAACCAUCGCCACCACCGUCGGAACUCUCCGCGCCCGCUGCCGGUGCUCUGAUCUCAGCUCCCGCGACCCGACGACCUGCCUAUUGUGACGGUGGACCGGCCUCCGCGGGCCACUCCGCUCGGCGCGGUUGGAAUAUAGCCUACUUAUCCGGUGCGAACGUCUGUGGCCUCGCGCGCCCGAGGCAGGUCCCCCGACCGGAAUAGUGUCUUGUUGAAACCCAUGAGCCCGAGAGAAACAGAUUACGAAAUAAAAGUAUGUGCCGCCGUUCAA